AUGAGCUCCUCUCGGGCACCCGGGAUGGGGCGUGUGGGAGGGCACGGGCUAAUGGCAUUGCUGCUGGCCAGUCUCAUUCUACCAGGAACCUUGGCUAAGAGCAUUGGGACCCUCUCAGACCCCUGUAAGGACCCCACGAGGAUCACCUCCCCCAACGACCCUUGUCUCCUUGGAAAGACUGGUUCCAAGAGCAUCAUCAGCGGCCAAGGUGGAUCCAGCAGCUCCCAGGGAAGUUCUUUAGGAUCUGUGAUAUUCAAACCAGGAACAGGGUCGUCCCAGAUCAGCUAUUCCUCUGGGUCUGGCUCCUCCCAGUCGGGAAGCAGUGGCUCUCAGUCAGGAAACAGCGGAUCGCAGUCAGGAAGCAGCAACUCCCAGUCGGGAAGCAGCAGUUCUCAGACCGGAAGCAGCAGUUCCCGAUGGGUAAGCAGCAGUUCCCACAGCAGCAGCUCUCAAUCCGGAAGCUCAGGAAGCAGCCGGGAGGGACCAGGACAUGGCUCUGCUCUACCGACCGAUGACAAAUCUUCCAGCCAGCCAUCAGGCACCUUCCAGUCUGGAGGCUCUUACACUUCCCACAGCUCUGUGGUGUCUAGCAGCAUCUCCAACCAGAGGCCCUGUAGCUCCAACGUGCCCGACUCUCCCUGCAGUGGGGGGCCUGUCAUCACGCACUCCGGGCCCUACAUCUCCAACUCCCACACCGUAUCCGGCGGGCAGAGGCCUGUAGUGGUAGUGGUGGAGCAACACGGCUCGGGUGGCCCUGGAGGGUUCCAAGGCAUGCCCUGCAGCAACGGUGGCCCCGCAGGCAAGCCCUGUCCUCCCAUCACCUCUGUCCAGAAACCCUACGGCGGCUACGAGGUGGUGGGGGGCUCUGCCAACAGCUACCUGGCCCCAGGCAUGACCUACAGUGGGGGUAAAAUCUACCCCGUGGGCUACUUCACCAAGGACAACCCUGUCAGGGGCUCGCCAGGGGCCCCCUCCUUUGCAGCUGGGCCCCCAGUCUCUGAGGGGAAGUACUUCUCCAGCAACCCCAUCAUCCCCAGCUACAGCUCCUCCAGUUCCAACAUCUACCCAUCCUCGGGCGUCGUGUUCCAGCCCGUGGGCACCGGCGGGGUCCAGCCCUGUGGCAUGGGUUCUAAGGGGCCUUGCUCUGGUACGAGAAUCCAGAUCACCUCCGGCAGCUCCAGCACCUCCUACCAACCCUGCGGCGGUGCUUCCCAGGGGCCCUGCUCCCCACCAGGCACCGGCUCCAUCGGCGGGGGAAGCUCCUCCCUCUCCACCGGCAAAAUCGUCCUCCAGCCCUGCGGCAGCAAGUCUAGCUCUCCCGGCUACCCCUGCCUUUCUGUUUCCUCCUCCACGCUGAAUGGAGGUCUGAAUGGCUCUCCUCAGCUGGUCCCCUCCGUGGUGGCCAAGCCCUGUGGCCUCAACAGCCCUGGAAGGGUGCCCUGCCGUUCCAUCCGGGACAUUCUGGCCCAAGUGAAGCCUCUGGGGCCCCAGUUAGCAGAUCCUGAAGUUUUUCUGCCGCAGGGAGAACCGCUUGACAAGCCUUAAGUCACACACACGCCAGCCGCCGUCUCCCGGCUGGAAGAUGCUCAGCGGCCCCAGUCACCUUUGUUCGGUGCCGGCAAUGGUGAACUCCAUCCCUUUCCUCCUCUCCUGUGGUGCCCUGUCUGCCUGAUGGGAAGUCCUUGAAACACUCCUCAACCUCGGAUUCCUGGACAAGUCAAUCGUGCCUCUGCCCAUCUUCCAAAUAAGGCGAAAUCCAAUCCAUCACCGCACACUUCUCACUGACCCAUCCAUCCAUCCAUCCAUCAUGACUCCCCACACCCUACCAGAUCCAUUCCCAACACACCCGUGCCUCCCCCGCUCUCCACGUCAGCCCUUGCCUGGUGACCACUUCACCCAAAGCACAGAUGUUAUGCUGUGUGUGUGGACGGACACAGGGCAUCCGCAGAGUCUGGCACAGACUCCUGGCUCUCGGGAUCCUGGACAGGGUUCAAUAAACUUUGUGAACUUUGUGCA